AUGAGCCCCCGACACAUCUUGGCAAAGGAGCUCAAAGCUUUGCAUAAGACCUAUCAGCCCGUCAUUCUUGCAAAUAUAGUUGACGGGGUCUCUAUGAAGGUAAUCGCAUCUCUGCCCCAAUGCAAGGCGGUUGCCACUGGAAACUGCGCUGUGGCAGAGGCUGCCGGUCAUCUGCGAAGAGCUGUCAAAGUGGAUGCACGAGACGGCUGUGGAGCACAGCUCGCUUCAAUUGCGAAAGAAUUAAUCGAAACCGGCGUCUUUGGAAUUAACCUGGACGACGUCGACAGUGAAACAAAGAAAUUACACAGCAAAGCAGAGGCUAGCAACCGAAUCCAGGAGGCAUUACAAGCGACAAAGGAUUCUAUUGUCCCGCAUCUUGCGAUUAAUACACGCUGCGAUGUCCUGCUGAACGGAGGCAAGCUUGACGGGACUAUCGAGCGCGGUAAGACAUAUCUGCUGGGGCUACCACUGUUUUCUCUGGGCGGAUCUGCACCGGGAAGAAUCACCCAGCGUGUCCAAGCAGACGGUCGACUGAAUGCGUCGAAGACCUCGGAUGGGUUGGCAGUUGCCGCAUUGUCCCAUCGGUGUUUCGCGGAUCAGCGUUGA